UUCUGAUGCUAUUUAUUUUAUUCAUAUUACAUUGUCUUAAACACUUAAAUAUUUACGUUAAAAUUUCAAUGAAAGAGUCCAAUCUUUCACGCAAAUUGAUAAUGUAAUUUUGAUACUCAGUUAUCAACCGCAUGUGAUAAUUCGGAAUGUUUCAUUAUGAAAUUGUAAGUUAAUGUCUACGUUAAAAUAGAAGUGGCGCGAACUUAGGUUAUGCCAGAUGGCGUUAGUUUCGACGACACAGUAAUUUAUAAUAUACUUGGCGGGAUUACAAGGUGCCAUAUCCGCUGAAUAUGGUGACUGAGACUUCUGGUUUUCUUUUUGGGCAAAAAGUUAGACACACACAAGCCACGAUGAGUGAGCAGGUGAUUUAUUGUGAUGCUAAAUCCAUGAAUUAUUUUCCCAUAGUUCCGGACGUUUUCGUAUUGCUUCUCGAAAACGGUGCAUAACUUCAACGUAAUACUCUUUAUUCACCGUACGACUUUGUGAAUCGUGAAGAGAUGGAGGACUACAAAAACACGAAGACGAAGGCAAACAAGUACGCCCAACAUCCUUACGCAGCAGCCAAUAUAUUUUCCAAAUUAUUUUUCACGUAUUUGUUUUCUUUAUUUCGAGAAGGUUUUAAACGAGAAUUGACAGAAAACGACCUUUUUCCCACCCUAGAAGCCCAUCAUUCGACAAUUCUCGGAAACAAACUCGAGACGGAAUGGAACAGAGAAAUGAGAACGAAAAAACAUCCGUCACUGUGGAAAGCGCUUUAUAACGUCUUCGCAAAAGAACUGGCAAUUUUAGGAUUCUUCUUACUGAUAAUCGAACUCCUAGUCAAAUUGGCCCAACCCUUAGCUUUAGCGCAAUUGCUAAAGUAUUACGACAAAAAUUCCGCCGUUAGCAAAAACGAAGCUUACAUUUACGCGUUCGUGAUAGUAGCUUCGUCCCUAAUAACAGCGGUUUUCCAACAUACCUACUAUAUGCUCAACCUAUUCCAUUUGGGAAUGAAGAUCAGGGUCGCAACGUCAACCCUAGUUUAUAGAAAAGCGCUUCGACUAAGCAAAUCGGCCAUGACGGGGACCACGGUGGGUCAAAUGGUCAAUUUAAUCACUAACGACGUAGGUAGAUUUGAACUCACCACGACAUAUAUCCACAACCUGUGGCUGGCGCCAAUGGAAACUAUCAUAGUUCUCGUAUUGCUGUACCUGUACGUUGGGCCGUCCGGAUUAGCCGGAGUGCUGUUGCUAUUGUUUUUUAUUCCAUUCCAAAUGUGGAUGGGUAAGAGGACGUCAGUUUACCGAUUGAAAACAGCCCUCAAAACUGACGAGCGUAUAAGGGUUAUGAACGAAAUAAUUACGGACAUGCAAGUGAUCAAAUUCUACACCUGGGAGCAACCAUUUGCUAAGCUGGUAGAAUUCACACGAAGGCAAGAAAUCGAACAGAUCAAAAAUAUCUCUAUUAUUAGGGCCAUUAUGAUGUCAUUCAACUUGUUUCUUAAUAGAACUGCCAUUUAUCUUUGCGUAUUGACGUAUGUGGCAACUGGAAACAUUCUAAAUGCCCAAUACGUAUUUGUUGUGACAUCGUUUUAUGAUAUUUUGAAGAUAGCCGUCACGAUGUCGUUUCCACAAGGCGUCGCUCAGCUGGCAGAAUCCGAUAUAUCGGUUAAGAGAAUAAGAGAGUUUUUGUUGUAUGAUGAGGUCGAAAAUUUGACAAAUGAACAAUCGCGAUUUAAAGCCAUCACUGGCGAAGAUAAUGGAAUCAAAUUAGAAAACGUAUCUGCAAAAUGGAACAAAUCCCAGACAGAUUUUAAUGUAGAAGAUAUUACGAUGCAAGUUGGACGGAAAGAAUUAGCGGUGGUAAUCGGUCCCGUCGGAUGCGGAAAAUCCACGCUCCUUCAUGUAAUAUUAAAAGAACUCACGCCAAAUGCAGGGGCUAUAAAAGUGAAUGGAGUUAUUUCAUACGCUUCACAAGAACCUUGGCUAUUCAGCGGAAGUAUUCGCCAGAACAUUCUCUUCGGAGAAGAGUUUAAAACAAAAAGAUACGAAGACGUGAUAAGGGUAUGUGCAUUGGAGAGAGACUUCGAUCUAAUGCCGUAUGGAGAUCGAACGCUUGUGGGAGAACGGGGCGUGGCUUUAAGCGGUGGUCAACGAGCUCGCAUCAAUCUUGCUCGAGCCGUUUACAAAGACGCCGACAUUUACUUGUUGGACGACCCGUUGUCGGCUGUGGACGCUCAAGUUGGGAGGCAGCUGUUUGAAAAAUGUAUAACUGGGUACCUGAAAGAAAAAUGCGUAGUUCUGGUUACUCACCAACUGCAAUAUUUACGAGAAGUCGAAAAAAUUUACCCCAUGUCGGGCGGUCAAAUAGGGCCCCCAGGUUCGCUCGAGAAAAUCCAACAUGCCGGCAAAGCGUUUGUAGGGAAACUCGAAGAAACGGAAUUCGACGGAAUGGAAGAAAACACAAUCGAUAAGCUACAGGUAUCACCUCAAACAACCAACGAUACAAAAACCGAUGAAGAACCCGUAGAAGAGAAAGAAGGGAAAGAAGAAGGGACAGUUUCUUUUAAUAUAUACAAAGCGUACAUAUCAGCCAGUGGACAUUGGUUGACAAUUGUGAUGCUGGUUAUAACGUUCAUCGUUGCUCAAACUUUUGGAAGCCUCUGUGAUUAUUAUUUAACUUGGUGGGUCAACGGAGAACAGUUGAAGGAAGAACCAACCGCUGGAAUAAACAUACUAUCACCCAAAUUUUGGUUACCACCUCUAACACCAGUGCAACGUCUCGCAGUCUAUACUAUGCUGAUUUCUGCGGUGAUAGUGCUGACUAUAUCUAGAUCGUUAUGGUUUUACAGAAUCUGCAUGAUCGCUUCCGUAACGCUUCACAAUGAAAUGUUUAACAAAAUCGUUCGCGCUACGAUGCGCUUCUUCAAUGUAAAUCCUUCUGGAAGAAUUCUGAACAGAUUCUCGAAAGAUAUGAAUCAAGUGGAUGAAAUUUUGCCCAUAACUUUUCUGGAUACGAUACAGGUUGGCUUAAACGGUUGCGCAAUAACCAUUGUAGUAACUUCGAUUAACCCGUGGAUGCUGUUGCCCGCUCUUAUUGUAUUAGCCAUAUUUUAUGCCGUCAGAACGAUUUUCUUAGCAACUAGCAGGGACAUUAAACGCCUCGAAGCAAUCAUGAGAAGUCCUGUUUACUCUCAUUUUACUGCAUCUCUGCAGGGCCUGACGACGAUACGAGCAUUUGGUGCCCAAAAUGUGCUUAACCAAGAAUUUGAUUACUAUCAAAACAGAUACAGCUCUGCUUAUUUUAUGUUUCUAGUAGCCAACAGAUCGUUUGGCUUUUACUUGGACGUUUUCUGUGUGGUAUUUAUCGGUUUGGUAACUUUCAGCUUUUUGGUUAUGAAUACCGAAAACUUGAGCGGCGACGUCGGCUUAGCAAUAACUCAAUCCGUGAUGCUGACAGGCAUGCUGCAAUGGGGCAUGAAGCAAUGGAGCGAACUUGAAGUGUCCAUGACUUGUGUGGAAAGAAUUAAACAGUAUUCAGAAAUCACUACCGAAAAAGACGAAGGAAGCCAGCACCCAUCCGAAAUGUGGCCCAGCAGUGGCAAAAUUCAGUUUUGUAACCUGAGUUUGAGAUACGAUGACAACCAAGCUGACGUUUUAAAGGGAAUCUCAUUUUUGGUGGGCGCUAAAGAAAAAGUUGGCAUGGUGGGAAGAACUGGUGCCGGAAAAUCAUCCCUAGUUGCUGCUCUGUUUCGGUUGGCUGAAACCAGUGGAUCUAUUUUUAUCGAUGAUAUAGAUACCAAGUGCAUACCAUUGAAAACCCUCAGAUCUCGCAUAUCAAUAAUUCCACAGGAGCCUGUGCUUUUCUCAGAUACUUUAAGAAAGAAUUUGGAUCCAUUCGAUGAAUUUAAUGAUCAGACCCUCUGGGAUGCCCUCGAAGACGUCGAACUCAAAAGUGUAGUAUCGGAUCUACCUCAUGGCAUGCAAACCAAAAUGGCCGAAAGAGGAGCUAAUUUUAGUGUAGGCCAGAGACAAUUACUUUGUCUAGCGAGAGCCAUAAUUAGGAAUAACAAAAUAUUGGUAUUAGAUGAAGCUACAGCCAACGUUGAUCCUAAUACGGAUGGUUUGAUACAAUCUACUAUUAGAAAAAAAUUCUCUGAGUGUACGGUCCUGACUAUAGCGCACAGACUGAAUACCAUUAUGGAUUCGGAGAAAGUUCUGGUAUUAGAUGCUGGAGAAGUUGUAGAAUAUGGACAGCCAUACAAACUUUUAAUGAAUCGUAACAUCUUUUACGAUAUGGUUCAACAAACCGGAAAAACGAUGGCACAAAACCUGAGGACCAUUUGUGAACAAGCCUACGAAACCCGUGAUAGAUGAUAAUGGUUUUUUUUGUAUUCACUAAACCAAUAAAUCUGUCAAAUAAAACUAUUUUUAC